GAGCCAAUGAGCUUGAUCCAGCCGGCGGCUUCUCUGCUCCUCACUUCCUCACUUCUCCUGCAAAACCAACAUCCCUGUCCGGGAUUGCUCCACUCCUCACUCACCACCCACUCCAGUGUCGCCUCCUCCCCCCCUUCACCCUCCUCUCUUGCCCCCAUCGUCUCCCCUUCCAUGCGCGAGUCCUCCUCCUCCUCCUCCUCCCCAACACAAACGGCGGCGUGCUCCUGGUGCCAUGUUGGAUGUGAGCAAGUGGCCCCUGUUUUCGCUGCUGACUCCCGAAGAGCUGCUGACGGUCAGGCAGGCCUGCGUGUUUGGCUCCUCUGCAAACGAAGCCAUCUUCAUCACGCAUCAGAAUGAGGUGUUUGUGAUUGGACUGAAUUGCAGCAGCUGCCUCGGCACAGGAGACGGCCUGAGCACUCUCGUGCCAAAGAAAGUGGAUUUCUUACAGGGAAAGAAGGUGGUCAGCCUGAGCUACGGCAGUGGGCCCCACGUCCUGCUGGCUACAGAGGCUGGCCAGCUCUUUGCUUGGGGACACAAUUUCUACGGUCAGCUGGGAAACGUGACGAACAACCAGGGCCUCUCCCCUCAGCUGAUCACCUCCAACCUGCAGAGCAAGAAAGUAACAGAGGUGGCGUGUGGCUCACAUCACUCUAUGGCACGGACUGCGGAUGGGCAGGUCUUCGCGUGGGGUUACAAUAACUGUGGUCAGGUCGGAACAGGAUCCACAGCCAACCAGCCGCACCCCAGGAAAGUCGGCGGCGCUCUGCAGGGCAAGACGGCCGCCGGCAUCGCGUGUGGACAGAGCUCCUCCUAUGCUCUGCUUGACAGUGGGAAGAUUUAUAGCUGGGGCUCCAAUGGAAAUGGCCAACUGGGGAUUGGUAACACUGCAACCCAGCUGAAACCUGCCCACCUUGAUGCUCGCCGAGGAUUGUGUUUUCAGCAGAUCGUGGCGGGCCACGGACACUGCCUGGCCCUCACGGACACGGGGGUGCUGUACGCCUGGGGAGGAAACGCGCACGGCCAGCUGGGAACCGGCGACAAGAACGGCCAAGUCAGCCCCGUGCGCGUCAUGGCUGAGAAAGAGAGGAUUGUGCAGAUUGCAGCCUGUCAUUUAACUCACACCUCAGCUGCCAAGACGCUGAGCGGACAGGUGUACAUGUGGGGUCAGUGUCGGGGUCACUCCGUCGCCCUGCCGCACCUCACGCCCUACAGCGACGUCGACGACGUGUUCGCCUGCUUCGCCGUGCCACCGGUAACGUGGCGCCUCAUGUCUGACGAUUUCGAUGAUUCGAUGACGGUUGCGGAGGCCGUGAGGAACGAGUUCGACCGUCCAGAAACGGCCGACCUCAAGUUCAGCGUCGAUGGCAGAUUUAUUCAUGUUCACAAAGCUGUGCUGAAGAUCAGGAGCGAGCAUUUCCGCUCCAUGUUCGGCUCCCAGCGGACGGAGGACCAGCAGGACGUCGUGGAGAUCACCCAGUUCUCGUAUCCCGUCUACAAGGCCUUCCUGCGGUUCCUCUACACGGACUCUGUGGACCUUCCUCCCGAGGACGCCAUCAGUCUGCUGGUCCUCGCCUCGUGCUACUGUGAAAACCGCCUGAAACGCCUCUGCCAGCGGCUCAUCAAGGGCGGGGUCAGGGUGGAGAACGCCUUCACCCUGCUGUCUGCUGCCAUACGAUACAAGGCAAAGGACCUGGAAGAGUUCUGCUUCACGUUCUGUGUGAACCAUCUGACCGAGGUGACUCAGACCGAAGCCCUCUGGCGCCUCGACGGAGCCAUGCUGAAGGAGUUUGUGAGCAGAGCCAGCCGCUGCGGAGCGUUCAAGAACUGACCUCGCCGCCGCCGCCGCUUGCACAGUUCACGAACGAUUUUCUGACAUGGUAGGCGUGGCUGUGCAACAGGAGAAGGCACCUCUGAAAACGUCUGUUUUCCUGCUAACCCUCCAUAAAAGUCAAAACAGAUAGCACUUUGUUGAAAUGUUUCUUCGUACGGCACUACCAGCAUCACGGGGUGCUGAACUGGACUUGAAAUCCAAUGAUAUGCACUUUGCCUUUUCCUCUUUUGCUGCUGUACGUCUACUUGAAUUUUUAUAUUCACGGCCAGUGCUCGCACUCUUCUUUCAUCUUCUGGGAAAGUUUGUUUGGAAGAGCAGAGACCUGGAAAGAGUGUUACAGAAAGCCAUGCCAAGUGACCAAAGAAUUCACUUUGUGUCAAAUAUCCUACGUAACUGACUCACACCGUGACAUUUGCACAGCUUUUCUGAAACGUUCAUCUCUUCUGCGUUUGGGAAAUUAACAUUUAAACCUUGGGCGAUUUUGUUAUAUUGACGUUGUUUUCCUCAUGUUCCAUGAAUGGCACUUUAAGAAACUGCAGCUGUAAAUCUCUUUUCUUUUAAAAAUGAAGUAUUCAGUCAUUUGCAAGGUUUUGGAGAGCAGUAUAAAUUGAAAAUGAGUGCUGUGAAAGAGAAAAUUGCACAAAUGCAGCACACUGUUAAAAUAUGAGGACCUGUAUUUCUUCUGUUGUAAGAAGUUACCCUGACAUGUAGUUAGUUUAAAGUUUUCAUUUUAUUUCUUUAACAUGUCUCUUUAUCUAAUUUACUGAGAGCACGAAUUCUUUUUUUUUUUAACUGCAGAUAUAGAGAAAAUGCACUACAAAGAAACUACUAUGUACAGGAAUGAAAACAUGUAGACUGCUGCGUUUUCUUCUUCUUCUUUUUUUUUUUUAAGCAACACCUCCUUCAGCAAAACUAGGGAUCAGUUUCGGUUUCCUCUGCUCAGUUUCUAUUCCUUGAUGCACUCAGAUGGCCUUCAGUCGAAACUUGGGAAUGGAUUAUGUUUCAGUUCCAGCUAAUGCCUUGGUGCAAUGAAGUGCAGGUUUACACUUCUCUUGUUUUGCACUAUAAAGAAUCAUGCAAGCUUGAAAACUGAAAUAGUUUAGCUUUU